AUGUCGCCUUUUGGACGCUCAAAGAAGAACUCCACAGAGGGAACAGAGAGCCGCCGCAAACACAUCAGCUCCCUCUACACCCAUCACCUCGCCAUCCGCGAACUCCAAACCGAAUCCCUCUACGAAAUAACCAUAACAACCUCCCCAUCCACUAACCUCAUCCUCACCCUCAUCCUCAGCCUCCCUCCCACCUUCCCCGACGCCCCGCCCACGAUACAGGUCAAGCCCGCUGUCAGCCACCCGUGGGUCAACCACCAGGGGUUUGUGGUGGGCCAUGAGAAGCUGGCGCUGUGGGAUGGGGGGGUGAUGGUGGGGAAGGUUGUGAAGGACGUCGUGCAGGAGUUUCAGUCCAGGCCGCCGCAGAGGGUUGUUGCGGGGCCUCCGGCGACGACGUAUGCAACUGGAGUUGGGUCAGCGGGUGGGGGUGCGUACGGUGGGGCUGCAGGACCACAGGGCACUGGUGCGCAGGGGAUGAACCCGGGGCAGUAUCCGGGGCAGAAUCCGUCACGGUCGCAGUCGACGCCGCACUCACAUUCCGAGGGACCACCGCCGCCGCCAUCACGGCCUCAAGGGCCACAGCAGCAGAACCCCCCAGACUAUCCGGAAUUGGAACGGCUGAAAUUGGAAGACUUGCAGAAACUCCUUUCAGAUGAGCAGCUGUUUACAGCCUAUUUCGAGAAUCUGGACAGCGUCAAGAAUAUGCGACAGGUGCAUGCAGAACUGAUGCAAGAGAAUGAAGCGUUGGCACACAAAACCCUAAGCAAAGAACAAGCACUAGCAGACGCCCUCCAAAGCAUCACAGAACAACAAACCCUGCUCAGGUCACAAAUCCAACUCCUGGAAGAGACAGCCCAACAAAGGGACGCCGAGGCCAUGCGCUUCGCCCCCGAAUACCUCACCCGCUCCCUCCGCACCUCCGUCCACCUCAGCGAAGAAGCCUCCGACUCCCUCGCCGCCUCCUUCAUCUCCUCCACAUCCACCUCACCGGCAUCGUCAGGCCCGAGCUCAGCGGAAGAGUUCAUCAAACAGCUGAGGGAGAUACGGAAACUGUAUCAUCUUCGUGCGGCGGUGUUGGAGAGGGUGGUGAGGGAGCCGAGGCUUUUGGUGCCAAGGGGGCAAGGGGUGGGCCCGGUUAUGUCGUCCGCUAGCUGA